AAUGGCGCACACUCGUCUCGUUCAUUGGAUGCUGUUAGCAUCGAUGCUGCUCGUUCUCAUGCAUUGCUCUCGUGCAGACGAGUACGGACAAGGAGGUUGUGGCGGGAAUCGCUAUCGGUGCAGAGAACGUGUGUCCUACUCUGUCAAAGCUUCCCGAUACAAGCAAACGGCCUAUCGAGAGCAAUACCAUUACAAGUGCGGACUGUUUGGAUGGGGUCGCUGCCCAGGCCGCACGACGAAAUACAGAAGCAGCAUUGAGUACUACACGAAAACGACGUACCGAUACCAAUGCCGACCAUGCAACAUCGAUUGUCGAGUAAACUCGUGGUCGUCGUGGACAUGCGCUGCUCCCUGUUGCGCUGUGCUGAACGAAAGAAGAACUCGUAACGUGCAAGUUUCUCGAUCUGGCUCGGGAAGAAGUUGCCCUAGCAUCGCUGAAAGUCGAACUCGAGACGACGACAACAAGGCGUGUUACAUUGAUGGGAGAUGCUACAGGCAUCUCGAAAAAAGCCCAAACGGCUGCAAUCAAUGCCAAAAGGACUAUUCAAGAAAUUAUUGGAAAAGACUUUCCGAAGGAACAUGCGACGACGGCAACAAUUGCACGGCUAAUGAUAAGUGUCAGUCCGGAUGUUGUAUCGGCAAACCAUACAGAUGCCUCCACUGCCAGAGGUGCAAUGGCGAUGGCACUUGCGGUCUUGCGUUUGGUUGCGUCACGUCACCGUCUACGUGCGGUUGCAGCAUCGGCAACGACUGUUACCGUGACGGACAACUGAAUCCGGACAACAGAGCUCAAAUGUGCGAUUAUAAUGAGAGUGCCCAGAAAUGGUCGAAUGUGUCAGCAGGAUAUGACACUGUCAUUUUGCCUAAUUUGUAUUCUGAAGAUUGAGACGACUGCCGUAGUUGUCGUGUAUAGCUCGAUCUGUCUGUAUAGUUCAAAUUUGUUGUUUGACUGUUCAGCACUGCAUGAUAUAAAAUCAAUCAUUUGACAUUAGCUAAUUCAAUUCGUUCUGAUUAGAUUACACAUACAUGAUAUUUGCUCUAGUGUAUACAUGAUUAGUGUAAACUGAUGUUAUUCGUUUUGA